AUGCUGCUCCAGACCCUUGCCGAUUAUACUUCCCAGCACUAUGUUGCUGUGAUAGCUACCUCAAUCCUACUCACUAUCACAGCAAAAUGUUUCUACGAACUAUGCAUCAACCCCCUUUCCCGAUUCCCGGGCCCAAAACACGCAGCCAUAUCCCGGAUCCCAAACCUAUACCACAGCACCAAAGGGGACCAGGUUGACUGGAUCACAGAGCUACACACGAUCUACGGCAGCGUCGUCCGCGUAGCCCCCAACGAGUUGAGUUACACAGCCCCAGAAGCAUGGAAAGGCAUCUACGGCCACGCAAGCGCGGGCACAAAGUCAACAGAAAAGGACACCCGGUUCCUCGGACCCUCCUUCAACGGCGCCUCAGAUAUCAUUCGUGCCAAAGGGCCAGACCACACCCGCUUCCGCCGCAAUUUCUCCCACGCCUUUUCUGAAAAGGCGCUCCGUGAACAGCAACCCCUCAUCACCCACUACGUGGACAUGCUGAUCAGCAAGCUACGCACCUUCACACGAGAAAGUCCGCAAACCCCCACCGAGCUGGUCCACCAGUACAACCUCACAACCUUCGACAUCAUGGGUGACCUCACCUUCGGAGCCUCGCUAAACCUCCUCGCCGGAACCGGCGACGACAACUGGGUUACCGCCAUAUACCUCAGUAUCAAAACCAACGCGCUGCGCAGACUGGGCCGCUACUACCCGUGGGCUGCGCGUAUCACCCAGAUGCUGGUCCCGCAAGCCCUGAAAGCGAAGGCCGCCGCGCAUUUCAAAGCGUGCAUGCAGCGUGUAGACACCCGCGUGGACCCCGCGCGCAACGUCCACAAACCGGAUCUAUGGGGCAUUGUGAUGGGCCAGAAGGAGACUCUCCGUUUGAGCCGUGAGGAGAUGUAUGCCAAUUCGCAGAUUUUCAUGGUUGCCGGGACGGAAACGACGGCUACGGCGUUGAGUGGGUUGACGUAUCAUUUGCUGAGAAACCCCGAGAAGAUGGAUAAGAUUGUGAGGGAGGUCCGAUGUGCUUUUCAGAGUGAUUCUGAAAUUGAGCUUGGGGCGCUGGUGAGGUUGGAGUAUCUGAAUGCGUGCAUUGAGGAGGGUCUGCGCAUGUAUCCUCCUGUUCCUAAUGGGAUACCGAGAGUUGCUCCUAACGAGGGACUCUUGGUUUGUGGAGAGCAUGUCCCGGCUGGGACUGCGCUUUCGGUCAACCAAUGGGCAACCUACCACGACCCCAACAACUUCAAACACCCAAACGAGUUCAUCCCCGAGCGAUGGAUCAGCGACGAAUACGCUAGCGAUAACAAGGCGGCUCUCCAACCAUUCUCGUUUGGGCCAAGAAACUGCCUAGGAAAGAAGUAG